UGGCCACACGCCACUACGCCAAACUUUCCCCUUUGACCCUUUCAAAAAUUCUCUCACUCCACAAAACCAAAAACACCCCUCUUAAAACUCCAUUGCCAUCGAUCUCAAACCCACUUUUAUGAAAUUCUGAUCUCACAAAUCCUUAAAUCAUCACAAAAAAACACAACCCAUUUGUCGAAAAUGCACGAUUUUUGCUUCACAAUCCCAUACGGGCUUGUUCUUGUACUGGGCGGGCUCAUCGGGUAUGCCAAAAAGGGUAGUUUGGUUUCACUGGGUGGUGGUGCUGGAGCUGGUUUGUUGCUCAUUUUAGCUGGUUAUUUGAGUCUUACAGCUUUUAAAAAGCGCAAAAAUUCUUACUUUGCUUUGAUUCUUGAGGCGGUGACUGCAACUGGACUCACGUAUGUCAUGGGACAGCGCUAUAUGGAGACUUCAAAGAUAAUGCCUGCUGGUAUUAUUGCUGGGAUCAGUGCUUUCAUGACUGCCUUUUAUGUAUACAAGGUAGCAAGUGGUGGCAACCAUUUCCCAGCCAAGGCUGAAUAAUGAUCAUACACUAAUUUCACAUGAAAGUGUACUGCUGACCAUCCUACGGCAGAUUUCUGUUGCAUACGAAUUUGACAUUCUUUUUCUCAUAGCUACAGCCUACAGUGAUACUAGUUUUGUGUAGAGAAGUUAAGAACUCUGAUUUGCUGCUUGUCCCUUGAGAAGCUGUCCUUGUAUUAAAAUCUGAAAAAUGUAUGGCUAUCCGAGGUACUAAUCCUUCAUAGAAAUAUAUUGAUGAAUCGAUUACUAUUGUCAA